CCGGCACUCGCGCUUUAGCUCUGAUUCCCUCUUCGAAACCUCUAUAUCUUCGAGCUUGGGAAUCUUGCUGCUUUGCCCCGCUACAUCUCCCAUUUCUAUCAAACCCACAUGUUAAUUUUGUGCAGCUAUCGCCGGGGCGUCUUUCGCGACGGUGUGACGUCUCUGCACCUCCACGCUUUGUCCCCGUUGGCCUCUCUCUACGAUUCCGAUGGAUCCAGCCUCGAGAUCUCCCGCCCUCCCAGAUCGUGCUGCCUCCGCUGAAGCGAGCUCGACCCGGCCGAAUCCCUUUGAUGACGGCAACAUAUCAUCUCGCAAGCGCCAACGAACUUCCCUCUCCGGGUCUCCUACCAAUUCUCUCAGCACAGUGAAUCCUGGUCACGACUCUUCUAGCUCCGCCACUCUUGAUACUGAACCUGUCUUGCCUCGACCUGGCUCGACAGCUGCCGACUCUCACUCAGACUCCGUUGCGCCGAAGACUCCAUAUCUAGGCUCUCCUGUUUGUGACCCGUUAACAGAGCCGCCAUCGAGCAUGGCCACUCUUAACUUGAGAAACGCGCCUGAGAACGACUCAACAUCCUCACCACCUCCUCCCCCGACUGGUGCCCAGGCAGUUGCGGCUGAGGCUACGGCCGCUGCCCUUAAGGACCAAGUCAAAGAGAGCGUUGAGGAUGCUGAAAUUGUGAUGGUACUGCCUCCUCCUCAGAACCUCGAAACCCCACGGACCGGCUUAUCGCAUUCAGCAAGCCCUCCCAUCGAAGUUAUCGCUGUGCAGUCGGAUGAUGAUAUGGCUUCUGAUCGCCAGAGUGUUGGUGUUUCAAUAGUUGACGAUGAUUCUAUGAUGAUCGACCCCAUCAGUGAAUUUCCUUUCAGGGAACCGACGGAGACAUUGGAGGGAAUGGUGGUAAGGCUCAGCAAUUACAUUGAAAGUCAAUCCUCAAUCGAUACAGGAGUCAUCUACAAACUCCAGCAAUGGCUUGGACGGUAUCUUGAUUACAUCGCUACUGCCAAUCAGCAAUUGGUAGUAGAUUCAUGCCGUCUCAAUCUUGUUUUCUGGGUGACCUUCCCACGAAUUAUUACCGCUAUGGCUGUCCACAAGCCCCCGUUUCUAACGGAUGAUUUGUUACGGCAUCCCACAAAGGCAUUCUUCUUAGACUUCGCCAGGUUGUCAGCAUGGUUCGUCAGUCAAGAUAUUCAUACGAUCAAAGAGUUCAUAGCGGAACAGGGAGAUCGGGGCCAGCAGACCGUCGAGCUUUUCUCCCCGUGUUUUCUUCAGAACCUCCACUCAAUCAUCAAUCCGCUAUUGUUGAGCGAUGAUCAGUACGAGCAUUCCGGGGCCUUGUCUGUGACCUUUGUUAAGGCAUUUCAAGACAGUCCAGGUGGGAGCCUCAGCCGCCUUCUCCAACUGACGAGGGGAUUGUUUGAAGUUAUCCCUUCAUAUCCUCGGUUGACCAACGACCUCGCACCGAUAUGCUUAGUCGCGUCAGAUAUCAUGGAAGAUUCCUGUAACUUUGUUACUCCCGAUAUUGCUUCGAAAAGCAAACAAAAACUCGACAUUGGUCACACAUUGCUCGAUCUGGUGUACGAAAGAUUGGACAUCACAAUUGACAAAAAUCCGACGCAUCUCGUCGCAGACAGUGUUCUUCUGAUCGUUCAAGCUUUGUCAAAUAUGAUCAGGUUAGCUCUCAAGGGUGAUCACCCAGCUGCAACUCUUAUGCUACAAAAGCACCGCGCAGAGUUUCCUGCAGUACCUCUCAGAUACACGGCUGAAGCGAUUUCUUAUGAACGCCGCUUUCGACUUUUGAUCAAACUAAUACAGUCAAGCCAAAUGCAACUUCGAUUUCAAGGCAUGACACAAAUGUGCAAAGAGCUCAUUACCUUCUGGAAAAGGUAUGGCGAUUGUAAUGCCGCUGAUGGAACUUUUCAUUAUGUUGAGCACCUUGCGGAACACCUGAUCCAAACCGGGUUUAUCGACUAUCUACUGGGCGCCAACUGCCAUCCUGAAAUUACUGUUGAGGGUGCCAAUAUUGUUGGCUUCAUCAUUGUGACCAGAAGGUACCGAAAGAUGCAUAUCGAUAGGGUUUGGGAAGGCAUUGCUUCCAGGCAAGACCCCCGUACCGCUGAUGCUCUAGCCCGCAUGGUCAUUCAUAUCGCACAUCUUUUCGACGACGAUGGUUUUUUGCUUCUCUGUGAGAAAUUCCAAACCCUCCCUAUAGACGCAUUUACGCCCGUCAUCCGAAUGCUCUGGGAGGGUAUUAUGAAGCAUAUGGCAGACAAGUGUUCAGUAGACCGUCCUCUCAUUGUCCAACCGUACGAUCUAUGUCUGCGUUUGUUGAGGGAUUCGUCUGUUUGUACAUCCGGAUCGCAAGUCAUGUAUCCUGACAUCCAACAAGCAGCAAUGCAGAAACUCAGGGAGCUCCUGAGGUGCGGCCCAAAUCCUGAAGGGCAGCGACAGCUCUAUCUUGGCUGUCUUCAAGAUCUUACAAAUAAGUCUGCUACAACCUUGGGAAGCCUUUGGUGUUUAUUCAUUACAGUACGGUCAAAGGUUAUGUCCCAUGAACUGCACAGUCUAGUAGAAGAACAUGACUUGACAAGACUCGUAAUUGAAGAGUUGGAACAUGCCAUUAGUGCUGGCCAAGCGGCCGGGAUUCGAGUGGUUCUUUCGUGCUCUAUCAACCAACCUCGGAGAGAGUUCAUUACCAACCUCAUCCAGUUUGAGCCACCAUCAAUCACCGAGGACCUUGGUAUCAAACUCUGGGACAUGUUGGUAGGGCCACUUUCUCUUUCACCCGACGAUAGGCGGGUGGGUUGGGAAAUUUUGAACAAUCUCCAUCGGAGGAACAACAAUGGUAAUCCUUUCCUUCAAGCUUGUCUGACCCACCAUCUUCCAGCCCUUUCGUCCGAAUACUUCUGUGAGGGGAUGCUUGAAUUUCUUCGAAUUGAGAUCCUCCCACGUCUCAACGACAAUUUAAACCUUGCUCUCGAUGACCCAGAGGCAGUUGCUGCUAGUGGCAUUGAACAAUUGUGGCGCCUAAUUCUUGAGGCUGAGGAUGAGGCUCUGGUGGACAGGGCCAUCCGAACUCUCGCAGUUGAUAUCUACAUCGACAGUCGAUUUUUCAACUCUAUCACCACUCAGCGAGCACAAUCCAUCCAUCUGAAGCUAGCUAGCCGAUGCUUAGAGCAGCUGAAAAGUGCUGCCCAGAAGCUAAGAAAUGCAGGCCAAGGUAUAAACAGCGAUGACGAAACCGUGGUUAUUUCGAUGACACACCAGAAGUUACAGCAGCAAGAAAGGGUUUUCACCCGUUCAUUGAAGUUUCUUCGGUAUAUUCUUGAAGCGCACCAGUCGAAGCCAUCCUUGUCCGCACCUGAUCUACGAACACUGAUCCCACAAGCAUCCCACGAGGUCCAAGGAGAUUCUGCGGGGCUUAAGUAUCAAUCAUUUGAUGGCGACCAGCAGACUGACAUCAAGCCACUUGUCAUUGGGAGAGCAAACACGGCAGCCUCGCUGCUCGCUAGUUUGCGACAAGAAACUGGAUUCGAGAACUAUCGGAUAUACUACAGAGGCCGACCAUUCUUGCCGAGUGAGCAAGAUAUAUGUAGGUCCUUAGAAGAUCUAUGUGUACACGAUGGCCUUAUACUGGUCAGACGUGAGGAGGGUGGUCCGGUCCUCUCUAACAGGGUCAGGCCGGGCGCCUCCCCACUGGAGAUUGAAAUUUCCGCCCAUUUUGACGAGAUGUGGGAAUAUUUGAGUAUGGAUGAAGCACUGGCACAAGAGAUUUACUACUUUCUCAUCAAGUUGCCUACAGAUGGUCACUUUUUGAGGUUGAUCGGCAGUGAAACAACGUCAUACAAGGAUAUUUUUCCUUCUGGACAACCUUUCAAAUCUCUUUACGCUGUCCAUGCGUUGAUCGAAUAUGCUGAGACCCUGCUCCCUAGUCAACUUAUCAGUCAUAAUCAUCUUAAUUAUAUGAUCACUAGCUCAGGGUCCGAUCCUGUAAUCCUUCCCGAGGCUCUCAAGAUAUCAAUAUCCUUCAUCGUCCAGGCAAUCUCGGAUGAGGACAUUUUUAAUCGCGCCUCGGUGCUCCUGCGGCUAAAGCUAACCUCUACUUUACUGCAUGCCCUCCGGCAGUUUCUUGAUAGAAUCGGCACCCUCAGAGGAUCGGCUCCGCCAAAGGGGCUCCCUCUUCCCGAUCCAAAUCGGUUGGUGAAAAUGUUGUCAUACGCCGCAGGCUGCCCAGGCGACAUCCCUUCUCCAGUCAUAGCAGGAGCGCUAGUCAUCUGUCUUCGGCUGAGCAUGCUUGAUGAUAAGUUUUGGGCUGAACUCAGCACAAACUCCGACUUCAUGCAUCUUCUGCAUCGCCUUCUACUUACCGAUCCGCGGCAGACCAUGAGAUCACUUUCUGCGAAACUAAUUGAAGAACUUUUUACUGUUAUGAGUACUACCACUUCCAUUGGUGAGACUGACUGCGAGACUUCAGUUAGAUCCCGUGAGUGCUCAAUGGCGGAGUACUUCUGGAAGGUCACCAGCGGCAUAGUCAGACAGACAACUGGAUUUCCCAACCAGUGCGAAGAACUCUUUAAAUUGGUUUAUUUUCUCCUGGUGAAAAUAUACACGCGAGCGCCUGAGUUGUUGAAUAUUGCGAUGUUUGCCUCUCAAAUUAGCCAGCUUCUUCUUGACCAUACUACGACCGAGACCAUCGGGUCAUCAAGUGUAGAUGAUUCGCUCGCAAGAGGUCUAUCGUCAUUAUUGCACAUUUGCCUCCAGCUAGAUAACUCAGUCCCCCAGUCCAAAACACUUCCUGGUAACCUCGCAAUGUCACUUGUUUGGAAGCACUUAUACCCCCCUAAAGGCCAGCGAAGUGGGCAGCCUGUACCCAAAGUCAUCCUUAACGAAGAGACCCGAGCGAAACUUUGCGAUGUGCUAUUCACUCUUGUGAAACACGACCAGAAGAAAAUGGAGGCGGUUGUGGAAGCUCUCAGCCAACAAGUUCCGUUUUUCGAAGAUGAAGAGGACCACUACAUCUACGAUUUCACUUACCAUUUUGACCGACACAGAGCUCUUCGGGCCCCUUGUGGGUAUGCCGGUUUGCUGAAUUUGUCCAACACUUGUUAUCUCAAUUCCUUGAUGACACAGCUCUUCAUGAACACUACGUUUAGGCGUUUCAUCCUCGGUUGCCGCAUCAAUGAUCCUGCAAACAGCCAGCAACUCCUUUCCUACACCCAGAAAUUGUUCGGCCAUAUGCAGGAGAGUUACCGUCGCUUUAUUGAUCCGUCGAAUUUCGUCCAUUCCAUCAAAACAUACGACGACGCGUUGAUCGACAUUCACAAUCAGAUGGAUGUCGACGAGUUUUACAAUCUACUGCUCGAUCGUUGGGAGACUCAGCUUUCUGGCCACGAUGAAAAGCGGGUAAUGAAAUCGUUCUAUGGUGGUCAGCUUGUGCAGCAAGUCAAGUCAAAAGAGUGCGAACAUCUUUCGGAGCGACUCGAGCCAUUUUCUGCAAUUCAAUGUGAUAUCAAGGGGAAAGGCACAUUGGCAGAAAGCCUUCAGGCAUAUGUGGAUGGCGAGGUCAUGGAAGGAGACAACAAGUACAAAUGCUCAACAUGCGACCGCCAUGUUGACGCAGUGAAGAGGGCCUGUCUCAAAGAUGUUCCCGACAAUGUCAUAUUCCAUCUGAAAAGAUUUGACUUCAACCUGCGUACUUUGCAGAGAAACAAAAUCAAUGAUUAUUUCUCGUUUCCAGAUCGAAUUGAUAUGCGGCCAUAUACUAUUGAGCAUCUCAGCAACCCAGAGAGCGAUAUCGAGGAGGACAUCUUCGAACUAGUGGGUGUACUCGUUCACGCAGGCACUGCUGAAUCCGGGCACUACUACUCCUACAUCCGCGAGCGUCCCUCCUCAGGUAAUCGGUCCUCGUGGGUGGAAUUCAACGAUGAUUUGGUAACGCCAUGGGACCCUGCACACAUGGAAUACUCAACAUUUGGAGGUCCCGACCACCGUCCCACGUACGAUACUAACGGCAUUUUGUACGACAAGAACUAUAGCGCCUAUAUGCUGUUUUACCAGCGUGCUUCGUCUUUGCGCGCAGAACAGGAAGAGAUGAUGAGCCUUGCCAUUUCGGCACCCCUUCGCGUUAGCGUGCCAGACCACCUUGCAGAUCAUCUCUCAGACGAGAAUACAAACAUCCUCCGCCGUCAUUGCAUUUACGACCCGAGCAAUGUCAAACUUGUUCAAAUGUUGUUUCGUCAGUCACGCCAGCACUGCAAAUCCGUUGGCAGAAGCGAUAAGCAUUCGAGUAUCAACAGCUUCAUGGCCAUGCACAAUCAAGAGCAUGAACUUCAAGAUCUUGCCAUGCGAACGCUCAUUGGUAACUUGGAUCAAGUUGUCACAAGGACUAAGGACACUCCGGAUUUCCUUUUGUACGAAGAGAUUAUCGAAGACGCAGUCACAUCAUGCGAACAGUGUGCUUUUUCCUUCUAUGACUACUUUAAUCAACAUCCGAGUGCUCUUCGCAUGCUUUUGCAGCGUAAUCCAGAUCAACUAGUGCGGGGCAAGAUCAGGAACCUUUUUAAGGUCGCAGUCACCAAGAUCUCGAAAACUUCACCCAAUGUCUACGAUCCGGAGAUUCGAUACAAGUUGAUUCAUGAUGCUGAUGGAGAUGAAACACUCUCUGAACCUGAUGCUCCUCAUCGUUCUGUUAUUGAUGGUGUGAUGAUUAUAUUCCAACACCUUUGGAAAUUCUUCCAUAUCCACAUCAGAGCCUGGGAUGAAUACUUCGGAACUGUUCUAGACUUUGCUGAGAUGGGUCAUCGGGAAACCGGAUAUGUCUUGGCCGCGAACUUUCUAGCGAGCGCUAUCAAAAUCAUUUCUGCUGAUCCCCUCCAGGAACUCAGUGGGAACUGGGCCAGAAUGCUUCAAGGCGUCAUUAGGCGGAACAAUACUACAAAACCUACCUCGUAUGUGUCGAUUAUCAGACUGAUCCACCACUUGAUGAGUCAGAUGAAGCCGCAAAUAGGAGCCGAAUAUGUCGAAGAUCCUACAGAGCGUGUAUCACAACUGUUCGAUGCCUUCAGCUGGACGUCAGAGGAGGUAGAUCUUAUUUACAGAAGCCCAAACGGUUCCUAUACCAGCCUGUUUGUUGAAAAACUCCUUACCCUCGAUCAGGAACACGUAGGUAGCAACAACAUUAUCCGAGUCCUGACAAAGCUAGACAAUAGCAUGGAUGAAAAAGUACUCGGGACAUUGAAGCUAUGUAUUCGUGGCGAAACUUCGACCCAGGCUAUGGAUCCGUUUUUGCGGGCUUCUAUCACGUACCUUGAGAGCACAGAGCAGCUCAGCAACGCCAAGGAAAUGGUUGAGCACGUAUCUGUGCAAGCGAAAAGCCUUCAAAACACCGAGGGGGUGUAUUUUGUUCAGCUUUUCAAGACAGCACUGGAUCUCCACCAACAAGACAAGGAACUUUGCAAGGCGGUUCGCACAUUCAGCCGUGAUCUCAUCCCAAAAUGGGUACCUUUUCUCCUCGCAAGCCCUGAAGAACAAGUGCGCCGGAGCACAGAUGACUUCUUAGUUUGCGAAUUGGGUAAGAUUGAUGUUGGUGCUGGAGCCCUCCCCAGCGACCGCGAUAUCACCUUGAAUGAUCAAGUCUCAAUCAAACACAUGAUGAAGCAGGUCGGCCUUAAUUGUCUCGAGUAUCUCAGAGACCACCACGUCCGCAGACGAACUCAAAUAAGUCGGGAUAUUGCAGACAAGUUCUUGAAGGUAAUUGAGGGAUGUGCGGCCGCGGCUGUAGCAACGACUGCGGAUACGCAAAACGAGCUAGAUGUGGAAUUCCUCACAUUGCAGGAAGAUGUAUUGAAUCCUUUCCGCAGAUUAAUUGUUGACGAACUGGAGGAAGAUGGGUCCGGUGACGGCUGACGUUGGGUAAAGAUUGGGAAGGAUCCUGCGGGUCAUCUGAACAACUUGAUGACAUUGUUGAGAUGAACAUUCCAGGAAUGAACGAAAUAACCGAUCUGGAGCAGAUGUCAUGAGGUUGGGGCUGUGCCCAAGGAAUUUAGAUGAAGCACUGCGGUUGCUCAAAAGCAGAAUAUCGCAACGGACAUGGACACGGGUAAGGGCACGGAAAGGCGUUU